GAAUUGAAGCGAAUUAUGCGACAAACAUAUGAAUUAUUUUCUGCAAGAGGAAUCUCUAGUUUAUACACUAUUCAAUUUCAAUACAUGCGACCAAAACACCUAGCCGAAAUGAAAGAAAAUGACUUCUAUAAGCAAUUAAUGACAGAAGUCAGAAAGCAAAGGCAACAAGAACUCGAACUGUUGCACUCGCAGGAGCUUGUAAAUUAA